UCCCCCUUCUCCCUCCUCCCUCCUCUCGCACACACACCCCCGCUUGGGCCUCCUCUCUCUCUCUCUCCGGCUCCAUUUUCUCCGCCGCCGGGGGCCGGGGUCUCCUGUGGGGGUGCCCAGGCGGCACCCCGGGUCUCCCCUUCAGUGCCGGGGUGAACCCCCGGAGGGGAGCCGGGAGGCGGGUUGCCGGGCGGGGUUGGGGCGGAGGGAGCAGCGGCCCCGGCGAGUUUGGGGGGGAAGUCACCCGGCGGGGGGAGGGGCGAGCAGGGAGGGGGCCUCAGGGCCCCCCCCAGCUAUGGACGAGCGGCUGCUGGGGCCCCCCCCCCCGGGGGGGGGCGGGGGGGGUCGGGGGCUGGGGGGUGGGGAGCCCGGGGCCCCUGGCGAGCCUCCCGGUGGCGGAGACCCCGGUGGGGGAAGUGGGGGGGUCCCGGGAGGCCGAGGGAAGCAAGACAUCGGGGACAUUCUGCAACAGAUAAUGACCAUCACCGACCAGAGCCUGGACGAGGCCCAGGCCAAGAAACACGCCCUAAACUGUCACCGAAUGAAACCUGCCCUGUUUAGUGUCCUGUGUGAGAUCAAGGAGAAAACUGGCCUUAGCAUUCGGAGCUCCCAGGAGGAGGAGCCGGUGGACCCCCAGCUCAUGCGUCUGGACAACAUGCUUCUGGCAGAAGGUGUGGCGGGGCCAGAGAAAGGGGGGGGCUCCGCGGCGGCCGCUGCAGCCGCCGCAGCCUCCGGAGGCGGCGUGUCCCCCGACAACUCCAUCGAACACUCGGACUAUCGCAGCAAGCUUGCCCAGAUCCGCCACAUCUACCACUCAGAGCUGGAGAAGUAUGAGCAGGCGUGCAACGAGUUCACCACCCACGUCAUGAACCUGCUGAGGGAGCAGAGCCGCACACGGCCUGUUGCCCCCAAGGAGAUGGAGCGCAUGGUGAGCAUCAUCCAUCGCAAGUUCAGCGCCAUCCAGAUGCAACUGAAGCAGAGCACCUGUGAGGCCGUCAUGAUCCUGCGCUCCCGCUUCCUGGACGCCAGGAGGAAACGCCGCAACUUCAGCAAGCAGGCCACCGAGGUCCUGAAUGAGUAUUUCUACUCCCACCUGAGUAACCCUUACCCUAGUGAGGAGGCCAAAGAGGAGCUCGCCAAGAAGUGCGGCAUCACCGUCUCUCAGGUUUCCAACUGGUUUGGCAACAAGCGAAUUCGCUACAAGAAGAAUAUUGGGAAGUUCCAAGAGGAGGCAAACAUCUACGCUGUGAAGACAGCGGUCUCGGCCGCCCAGGGGGGCCACAGCCGCACCAGCUCCCCAACGCCCCCUUCCUCUGCAGGCUCUGGCGGUUCUUUCAAUCUCUCAGGAUCCGGAGACAUGUUUCUGGGGAUGCCUGGGCUCAACGGAGACUCCUACUCUGCUUCCCAGGUGGAAUCACUCCGACACUCAAUGGGGCCAGGGAGCUACGGGGAUAACCUUGGAGGAGGCCAGAUAUACAGUCCUCGAGAGAUGCGGGCCAAUGGCAGCUGGCAGGAGGCUGUGACCCCAUCCUCAGUGACAUCCCCAACGGAGGGACCAGGGAGUGUUCACUCUGACACCUCUAACUGACCUUGCCUCUCGAGGUCACAGGGCUGGGGUCUCCCAACAGGCAACUCUCGAAGAGGAUGUGGGCAUCAGAGGACAGACCCCACAGAAGCACAAAACAGAAGAGCGAUUGGGGUCGCGCCCUCCCCAACUAGACACUCAGUGCUGGGGUGCUGACUACAUGGCAGGGAGAGUGGGGUGUCCUCCCCCCUUUUUUCAAACCCUUUUUUCUGUCUUUUUUUUCCUCUCACACAAAACGCCAGAUAGCUACUUCUCAGAUCUCUGUCUCUGAAGCCUACACCCACCACGACGAUUGUGUUUGUCUCUGGGCUCCACCGCCUUCCUUUCCCCACUCCACUUACAUACUCUGGAAUCUGGAGAUGUCAGCCCUGCCCGACCCAGAGAUGCCAAAAAUGGGGACUCCUGGACAGAGGCCCUGGGCCAACCCCCCUUCCCCACGCAUCCCACCUUCUGCCCCUCCAGACGGCUUUAUUACCUCAUACGCAUCUUAAACCAAUAGAAUCGCUCGGUGGACAAGAGUGUCUGACUCAGAUAUCUACCUCGGAGGGAGUUUCUGCUACUUUAGGCUGGGUUUGGGAGUUAGACCUUUUCUUUUUUUUAAGAACCCCUGGACUCUGUGUUUUUUUUUUUUUUUUUAAUUGUUUUUGUUGGUAGUGGUGAUCCUUUAUAUUUUAAUAGUUUGAAGAAGUAGGGUUUUGAUGUGUGUGUGUGUGUGGUGUUGUUUUUUUUUUUUUUUAAAUAAACAUACUGGUCUAUUUUUGUUUACCCUGUGAGAAGUAAGAGCCAAAGGGGCCUCUAAGAGAACAAAGAGCCCAGGGGUGGGUGCUCACUCCAGGCCUGCAGUGGGGAAGUGGAUUUUGCAGGACACCGUGUCCUUGUCCAGGACACUUAGCUGUCAACUUGUGCAGGCAAAUCUCUGCUGUAUUUGGUGUGGAGCAUAAGGCCCCGUAGCCUCCUGUUUCCCCCACUCCCAAUAACCUUUGGGCAAGGCUGGACUGAACUCAGUGACUUUUGAAAAAGUCGAAAGACUUUGUUUUGUUUUUUUUAAACUAUUUACAGAGUGGAGAUGAAUGAGUGGGGAGGGUGUUCUUGCCAAAUAUGCUAAAUAUGGGCUGGGUGUUUAUAUAUAUGUCUAUAUAUGUAUCUCCCCCAGUUUCCCAGAAAUAAGUGUUUCUGUUCAUUUUUUAAUCUCAUGCCAAAAUCAAGGGGGUGGGGAGAGGAGGGAGGUCACAGAAAGCCAGGUAUGAGGGAAAAGUUUAAAAAGUUCAUCUCAGCCUUCUGACACCCUCAGAAUCCUCCAGACUGUCUCAGUGGGGAACUCCUCCCAUCAAAGACCCAGGCAGGAUUGAGGGAUAAGAGGGUGGCGGGAGGCAGGGGCCAGGGGCAGUUCUCUCCUCACCUGUAAACUUGUAGAUUCACAGAAAAAAAAAAUUGCAGUUUUAAAUAAAGAGAUUUCUUUUUCCCCUGG